AUGCUGAAAUUUUUUCUCCUAUUCUUUUUUUUUCCUGUUUUUUCUCCUUUUUUUUCCUGUUUUUCUCCUUUUUUUCCUGUUUCCCUUUUUUUUUUUUUUUUUUUUUCCCCUGUUUUUUCUCUUUUUUUUUUUUUUUUUUUUGUUUCUUUCUCUUUUUUUUUUCCCUGUUUCUUUCUCUUUUUUUUUUCCUGUUUCUUUUUCCUUUUCUUUUUUUUCCGGUUUCUUUCUCUUUUUUUCCCCUGUUUGUUUCUCCUUUUUCUUUCCUGUUUGUUUCUCCUUUUUCUUUCCUGUUUUUUUCUCCUUUUUCUUUCCUGUUUUUUUCCUUUCCUUUUUUUCUUUCUGUUUUUUCCUUUUUUUUUUUCUCCUUUUUUCUUUCCUUUUUUUUUUCUCCUUUUUCCUGUUUUUUUCCUGUUUCCUGUUUUUUCCUUUUUCUUUCCUGUUUUUUCUCCUUUUUCUUUCCUGUUUUUUUUCCUGUUUUUUUCUCCUUUUUCUUUUGUUUUUUUUUCUCCUUUUUCUUUCCUGUUUUUUUUUUUUCCUUUUUUUCCUGUUUUUUUCUCCUUUUUCUUUCCUGUUUUUUUUUUCUUUUUUCUUUCCUGUUUUUUUUUUUUCUUCCUGUUUUUUUCUUUUCUUUCCUGUUUUUUUUCUCCUUUUUUUUCCUGUUUUUUUUUUUUUUUUCUGUUUUUUUUUCUUUUUUUUUUUUCUUUCCUGUUUUUUUUUCCUUUUUUUUUUCCUGUUUUUCUUUCCUGUUUUUUUCUCCUUUUUUCUUUCCUUUUUUUUUUCUCCUUUUUCUUUCCUGUUUUUUUUUUUCCUUUUUUCUGUUUCCUGUUUUUUCUCCUUUUUCUUUCCUGUUUUUUUUUCUCCUUUUCUUUCCUGUUUUUUUUCUCCUUUUUUUCCUGUUUUUUUUCCUUUUUUCUUUCCUGUUUUUUUUUUUUUUUUCCUGUUUUUUUCUCCUUUUUCUUUCCUGUUUUUUUUUUCCUUUUUCCUUUUUUUUUUUUUUUCUUUCCUGUUUUUUUUUCUUUUUCUUUCCUGUUUUUUUUUUCUCCUUUUUUUUCCUGUUUUUUUUUCCUUUUUUUUCCUGUUUUUUUUUUCCUUCCUUUUUUCCUGUUUUUUUUUUCCUGUUUUUUUUCUCUUUUUUCUUUCCUGUUUUUUUUUUUUUUCUUUCCUGUUUUUUUCUUUUUCUUUCCUGUUUUUUUUUCUUUUUUUUCCUGUUUUUUCCUUUUUUUUUUUUUCCUGUUUUUUUCUUUUUUCUUUCCUGUUUUUUUUCUCCUUUUCUUUCCUGUUUUUUUUUUUCUUUCCUGUUUUUUUUUUUUCUUUCCUUUUUUUUCUCCUCCUGUUUUUUUUUCCUUUCCUGUUUUUUUCUCCUUUUUCUUUCCUGUUUUUUUUCUCCUUUUUCUUUCCUUUUUUCUUUUUUCCUGUUUUUUUUUCUCCUUUUCUUUCCUGUUUUUUUCUCCUUUUUCUUUUUUUUUCUUUCCUGUUUUUUUUUUCUUUCCUGUUUUUUUUUUCCUUUUUUUCUUUCCUGUUUUUUCUCCUUUUCUUUCCUGUUUUUUUCUCCUUUUUUCUUUCCCUGUUUUUUUUUUUUCUUUCCUGUUUUUUCUCCUUUUUUCUUUCCUGUUUUUUUUCUCCUUUUCUUUUUUUUUUCCUUUUUUUUUUCCUGUUUUUUUUUCCUUUUUUCUUUCCUGUUUUUUUUUUUUUCCUUUUUUUUUUCCUUUCCUGUUUUUUUUUCCUUUUCUUUCCUGUUUUUUUUCUCCUUUUUCUUUCCUGUUUUUUUUCUCCUUUUUCUUUCCUGUUUUUUUUCUCCUUUUUCUUUCCUGUUUUUUUUCUCCUUUUUCUUUCCUGUUUUUUUUCUCCUUUUUCUUUCCUGUUUUUUUUCUCCUUUUUCUUUCCUGUUUUUUUUCUCCUUUUUCUUUCCUGUUUUUUUUCUCCUUUUUCUUUCCUGUUUUUUUUCUCCUUUUUCUUCUUUUUUCAAAGCAGUUCAAAUGCCAAAACAAAUCCUCUUCGCAGUCAUCAGAGAUUGUCAGUAAUCAAUUCCAUACAGUAUUGAACAAUGCAACUACCAAACACUUAGCAGCUCUUAUAAGUGGCAACACGACGGAGAGUGUGAAUAUAACCAAUCUAUUUUAUCCAUUUCUGAAGUUACAGAAUAAUGGUCAGGUUACAACUAUACCAUUUUUACUUGAGGCCACCAAGCCAUACCUCUCAUUGAGUAUCCAUAGAGGCAAGCUGUCAGUCACAAGUGGUGAGGUGGAAUGGUGGCAGGUUGUUGAGGUCCUCCCCUCUGAUCUCAAGUUGCCUGACAUCAAGUCCAAUACCAGCAAACUGAUAUUUUACACUUUCAACGACAGAGUGGCUCCAGCUGGCUUUUCUGUCAUUACAGGAUAUGGCAUCGUCGGUCUAUAUGUGUCCUUUAUCCUGUUGAUUGGUCGAUUUCUGCGAAUGGGCACUAUCAACAUGCACCCCAGCAUCCAGUUCCGAGAGCUACCCUUUGUUGACCGCAUUCUCAAACUUUGUCUCAAUAUUUACCUUGUGCGUGAGAUGCAUGAGUUUCGCCUUGAGGAGGACCUUUAUGCCCAACUUGUCUUCCUCUACCGCUCAUCAGAGACUCUUAUCAAAUGGACACGGCGACCACGAGACCCCAAAAAAGAUGACUGA